AUGGACCCAGGGCUGCAGCAAGCACUCACCCAAGUGGCCCCUUCUCAAGACACAGCCAUGCAUGUGCCAGCAGGCCCCGUCACCAGCCACUUGGGAACCACGAGCCGUGGCUAUUUCUACUUCACCACCACCGCGCUGGCUCUGUGUCUCGUCUUUGCUGUGGCAACCAUUAUGAUGUUGGUAGUUCAGAAGACGGACUCCAUUCCUAACCCACCGGGAAAAUUCCCCCUUAAAGGAGGAAAUUGCUCAGAGGACAUCUCAUGUAUACUGGAAAAGGCUCCAUUCAAGAAGUCAUGGGCCUACCUGCAAGUGUCAAAGCAUAUAAACAAAUCCAAGUUGUCUUGGAACAAAGAUGGCAUUGUCCAUGGAGUCAGAUAUCAGGACGGGAAUCUGGUAAUCCAGUUCCCAGGUUGGUAUGUCAUCAUUUGCCAACUGCAAUUUCUCGUGAGAUGCCCAGAACAUUCUGUUGACCUGAAGUUGGAGCUUCUCAUCAACAAAGACGUCAAAAAGCAGACGCUGGUGACAGUGUGUGAGUCUGGAGCACAAACCAAAAACAUAUACCAAAAUCUCUCUCAAUUCUUGCUGGAGCACCUCCAGGUCAACACCACCAUAUCAGUCAAGGUGGAUAAAUUCCAGUAUGUGGAUACAAACACCUUUCCUCUUGAGAAUGUGUUGUCUAUCUUCUUAUAUAGUAGUUCAGACUGAACCAUUUCUUCUGGUCUUCAGGAAGAAAGCCACUCUCUACCAUACAGUACUUCAUCCAUCCAAACACUUGGGCAAAAAGAAAACUCUAGA